UUUCAUUCAUGCAUUUUCCUCCAGUUGUCAACUUUGAACUGGCUAUAACUCAUUUAUUUACGGUAUUAAAACCCCUCCGGCAAUUUCCGAAUAGAACUUGCAGGCUGUAGUUACACCCGGGAGUUACACCUCGUAGAGGCAUGGCAUGAUUGUGCAGAAUAAACAAGUCACGCGGGAGACUGACCGGAAGUGCGUAGUGUAGUCUGGAAUCGCCUUUGCCUUGCUCAUUUGGGCAUAUAAGGUGACGACUCACUGAGAAAUACUAACAGACAAGUUACACAGCGUAGAGCUUUAACAGAGUAUUCAAAAUGAACAUCGUGGUUUUAGCUGGUUUGCUUGCGGCAACACUCGUAUCUCAGAGUAACGGAGCGGCAAUGAUUCCUGAACACCCACAAACAGCUUUUUGUAAGGCGGACUUUGUUGUUCGAGUAAAAAUUCUGGGUAAAAUCAAGAAGGAUGAUGAGAUUCCCACAACUGAAGUGCCAGAGGAAGUAUUGGGUGACGUUUUUACUCAUGCUCCAAUUGAGAAGCCCGCAACAGAUGCAGAAUCUACCUCAGAAGACCCAACAAAGCUGGUCGUCAUGAAGGGUUCCUCACCUCAAAGCUUCCAGAAACCAAGCGAUGAGCCACCUACAAUGAAAACGAAUGGUUCUGUCCUUGGCUCUAUCUUAGGCCGAUAUAAACGAGGUUUAGGGCUGCGUGGGGUUCCACCUCCCGGAGAAGAUCUCUAUCGCCCUACUGGAGCAAAUCACCGAGACAAAGGGAUGAUGUACUACGAUGUCCUGAUCAAGAAAGUUUUUAAAGGCGAAGAUAAGGUGCGGAAAACCAGGGGAACUUUUAUCGAUGCUGCAAAUCCAUCUCGUGUGUUUGCAAAAAUUUAUUUCUCCCGUCAUCAUGGACAGGAUCUCGAGCCAGGAGUCGCUUACAUGCUCUCUGGUAAAAUCAUGGACAACGAGUUAAUCCUUCCCUCGCGUGGCUGUUGGUACGAAAAGUGGCACGAGCUAUCUAGCGAGGAAGUUCAUGGUCUUCAUGGAAAAUACGCGGAAAAUUGCGACUGCACUAUCAAGUUCUGCAUUCCAGGACCUCACUGUAAAAUGAUGCAGUCAUUCACACAUUCCUGGUGUGACUGGGAGCUGCGUAAUUUCAGAGAGCCAAGAAAGGACUGCGGAGCAAAACAUAAUAUGUGUGCAAAACAGCAUGGUGUGUGCCACUGGACGACGGGGCUUGGAUACCACUCGUGUGUGAGUCCCUCGGGAUCUUACCCAUAGGAGUUUAAAACCCCUCGGGACUUUUCCAGCAAACAUUUAUUUACAAUAAGACGUUGCUUUGUGCAAAAAUGUUCAAGGAAUUGAUAGUAUUGAGGACAGUCAUUUGCAAGAGAAAGAUCUUGACAAGUUACAUCCUUGAAUGUAUAACACCCUCUAAAUUACAGAAAAAAAUAAAAAGCGGUAGAGAAUGGUAGAAAAAAAAAUGAAUGAUAAGAGAUCAAUGAGAAAAUGGUCUUUCCUUGUUCAAAAAUAAUUUGUUUCAAAUAAUUCUAAUCUUGUCAUAAAGGCCGAUAAACCAACAGCUUUUGAUCCAAUUGCAUCUAUAAUGUUACCUUUGCCUGUAUUAAAAGAAAAGCGAAAGAAAACCCGUAGGGCUUCCCACCCUCCCUACCUUUUCUUUCACUUUCUCUCUUUUUGUUUGUGUGUUUGGUUUUCCUUCUUUUUGUUUUUAUUAUUAUGUAAGUGCGUAAGUUUAAUCAGCAGUGUUGUAAGUAAUUUUUAGUGUUUUUCCGUUGGUAGUAAUUGAAAAAUAAGGAAGUUGUCUAGCAUAAUUAAGUGCUUUGUAGAAAAAUAAAAUGUAGCUUGUAAGUAACUUAUAUGUUUAUGCAAUUUAUUUAUAAUAAAAAGAGCAUUGUAAGUAAGCCAACCGUAAUUUAAUUAGUGUGAUUGUAUUGUAAUACAUGUAUUGUCACUAUUGCACGUUUAAAUAGGGUAAGUAUAAGUUGUGUCAUUAGCAAGUACAGUGUAAGUAUAAAUUUAAGUAUAAUAUUAGUAAUGUAAGUAGUGUAAGUGUUCGUCCUGUAAAUGAAAUUGCUUAAAAAAAAAAAAAGAUACGGGACCAGUGAAAAGGGAACACAAAAAGUGUGCCAAGCCGGUUAGUUGUAAGCAUAGGAAAGGACUCUAGCUCGACUCCUCACCUUCCCUCCCCACCCUCUGUCCACAACACUAGCUUGUUGGUAUCUUUGUGUAGUAUAGAGUAGAGGCCUUGGUACUAAUUGUACCAAGCCUUUUUCCUGUUCAAGCCCUAUUCCUCGACGAAAGAGAAGGAAUCAAACAGAAAGAAGUCUUUUUUCCAGUUGCUACAACCUACGUUAAUGUACUUUUGUGUUGCUUUUUCACUUACUCAGGUGGGUUAGAUCUUUCGAGAUGUCUCUAAUAAAACAGCUGAACGGAG